UGCGAGCCGACGCUCUACCAACUAUCACAGCUCAACCGCAGUAGCAACAACACGCUCACAAGCGCGCAAAAUAUUCAAUAAAUUACAAACAACCAAAAAUAAUAAGAAAUCAAAAUGAAUUUCCGUGGUGUCUUCAUUGUACUUGCUGUUAUCAUGGCAAUCUUCGCUGGACAAACCGAAGCUGGUUGGCUCAAGAAGAUUGGCAAGAAAAUUGAACGCGUUGGCCAACAUACACGAGAUGCCACCAUACAGACAAUCGCUGUGGCUCAACAGGCUGCCAAUGUCGCUGCGACACUGAAGGGUUAAAUGAUUGGAGUUGGACUGUUUUGGAAUAAAGCUUUAAUUUAUGCUUACUAAGCAUAUAAGUAUUAUUAGUAAAUCACAAAUUAAUUAAUUAAAUAAAAAAAAAUUUAAUUAAAUUUCAAAAAAUAUAUAAUUUUAAAUAAAUAUUCUUUCGAAAAUACAAAAAUGAAA